AUUUUCAUCGGAACUGGUAGAUGGGUCUUCGCUCUUUAUAAUUCUUUUCCGGUUAUCGAGUGACGUGCUUCAGAAUGAAGCAGAUUGUUACCAAUCAAACAGUUAAAAUCCCAGAGGGAUUAAAUGUUACAGUCAAGUCUCGUCUGGUGACUGUAAAAGGUCCACGAGGUGUUUUGAAACGAUCCUUCAAACAUCUUGCACUUGAUAUUCGAAUGAUAAGUCCGAGAUUAUUGAAAGUUGAAAAAUGGUUUGGUACAAAGAAAGAACUAGCUGCUGUUCGUACCGUAUGUUCUCAUAUUGAGAACAUGCUUAAAGGUGUCACGAAAGGCUAUCAAUAUAAAAUGCGAGCUGUGUACGCCCAUUUCCCAAUUAACUGUGUGACUACAGAGAAUAACACAGUUAUUGAAAUUCGUAACUUUUUGGGUGAAAAAUACAUACGGCGGGUUAAAAUGGCACCAGGUGUAACUGUUACGAAUUCUGGUAAACAAAAGGACGAAUUGAUUAUAGAAGGAAAUUCGUUGGAAGAUGUAUCUCGUUCAGCUGCCCUCAUACAACAGUCAACGACUGUGAAAAAUAAGGAUAUAAGAAAGUUUUUGGAUGGCUUAUAUGUAUCAGAAAAAACAACAGUUGUAUUAGAUGAUGAAUAAAUUCCUCAUCUAAUUACAUCUAAACAAUAA